AUGUGCACAGUGACCUACUUCCACAACAAAACCUGCCGCCACACGUGGGCCGUCAUCACGAACAGCUGCGCUCCCCUGAUGGGCUUCUCGACCUGCCCGUCGUUUGCGUGCGGCGCCGGAGCCACCAAGGACAGGCCGGCCUUUUACAAGACAGCCACGAGGGCGUGCCCGCGCUGCAGCGAGGCCGCGGGCGUGCGAUAUGAUGGGAACCUGGUACGGGUCGUGGAGAGGAUGGGCUGGGGCUUGAAGAUUGGCGAGGGGCCCGACGAGGACGACUGGGGGGUCGACCUGAGGGUCACGGGGUGCGUGUGCGUCGUCUUGUGA